UUGGAAUUAAGUCUUUUCAACAAAGUAAUGAUAUUAAAGAAAUAUUUAUUAAAGAUUUUCUUCAUAUAAUAGUUCAAGCUGAUAUACCUAUUGAAAAGGCAGAUUAUUUUAAACCAUUUUUAAUGAAAUAUUGCAAAAAUG